AUGUAUCAAUUGAAGAAACUACCUAGUGUUCUUUAUUUAUUAUUAAUCUUCUAUUAUACAAUUGACUCAAGUAGUGCGUGUAAUUGUCCAUCUGGUAUGUGUUGUUCACAAUGGGGUUGGUGUGGCUAUGGCCGUGAUUAUUGUGGUCCUGGUUGUAAAUCAGGGCCAUGUUGGUCAGGUGCAACAGUUCGACCUGAAGUAAGAGGUUCAUAUAGUGGAAGAUGUACUUAUUAUAAUGUUGAAGGUGGAUAUACAGCAUGUGGUACACAACACAGUGAUAAUGAAUAUAUUGUUGCUAUGAAUUCAGCUCAAUUUGAUCCUCAUACACCAAAUGGAAAUCCAAAUCAUAAUAGAUUAUGUAAUCGAAAAAUACAAGUAAAUGGUCCACAUGGUUCAGUUGAAGUUCGAGUUGUUGAUAGAUGUCCAGGUUGUCCGUAUGGUGGCUUAGAUUUAUCACCAGCAGCAUUUCGAGCAAUUGCUGGAAAUCUUGAUGUUGGUGUUGUUCAUGUAUCAUGGAAUUGGAAAUAA